CAGCAUAUCGACAUCAUCCAUUCCAGGUUUCCCACCCUCCACCAAACACCGUUCUUGUAUGCCAUCCCCAUCGCCCAUCUCCUCCCGACUCCCACUCAUAAUCGACUACUAAGUCUAGGCACACUGAAUUGUCGCGCCUGGAGCCAUGAUUCUCUAUCAGCCUCAGUGAGCUCCAACAUGACUACUUGAAGCCGUCACCAUGUUUUCCUUGAAAUUUGCCGCCAUCAGCUGCCCCGGCAAUGCCGCCCGCGCGGCCCAUGGCUCGCUCACGCUAGUCCGGGCAGCAGCAACACCAUCAAGUCGGCCGUGUGGUCCUUUGGCCGUCGAUCCCGUCCUCUUUGACCUUCGUCCGAUCGCUCCGACCGCCCGAGGAGCUUUCCAAACCCGCCUCUUCGCUUCGGUACAUCACGGCGCAGCAGACGCGGAGCCGCCGACAGACCACCCCGCAUUAUAUUGGCCCGCGUCCAAAAACCCUACACCUUACGAGAUACUCGGGCAAAGCAAAAAUGAUCCGUAUAACAAGAAGCGCUUCCACGAGCUGGUGAAGCUUUACCACCCGGACCGACAACCCCAUACAGGGCUUCCCGACACUUCUCACCCAACCAAGCUUGAGCGCUACCGUCUCGUUGUCGCCGCCAACGAUAUUCUAAGCAAUCCGCAAAAGCGCCGCAUGUACGAUCUCUACGAUCUUGGUUGGAGCAACCAUCCGGAUCUGCCGGAUCUGCGCAACGACGACGUCCCUUCGAAUCACAGUGCCUGGCGCCGCCGUCCCGGUAAUGCGAGCAUGAACGCUACUUGGGAGGAUUGGGAACAAUGGCGUAACGAGCAAGACCCGGGAGGGACUGGCCAGCAGCAAAAACCCAUCUUCGUAUCCAACGGCGCCUUCGUCGCCAUCGUUUCUUUCUUCAUCAUAAUGGGCAGCUGGCAGCACGCCACGCAAGGCGUAAAGAGUGGCGUCGCUCUUGUGGACGACCAAGAGCACAAGCAUGCCGCUAUCAAAAUGGAGAUGCAGCAACGGUACGGUGAAACGGCCGGUCUGGGCCGAGAGGCACGAGUGGACAACUUUUUGAGGCAGCGAAACGGCUGGGACAAUUAUCCCACUCACCCGCACCACAUAUCUGGUUACUAUCGCAAUUUGCCGUCACAGGAACCUCCGCGUCGGUUGCCACCCCCGGCGCCCAAACACGAUGUGAAUUAGGCCGCUACAAUUUGGUCAAGCUAUCACUGCUGUACCAUGUCGAUACCUGCAUGUCUGCCACCUUUUGAACAUAGAUCAGUCCCCUUGGAUGCUGGGCAAUGAUGGACACUGCUCGCUGAGGUUGAUCCAGAGAAUCAUCGGGGCUCGGGUUGCUCUUCGGAUGGAAUGAAAGCCAGACCGCAUGGAGCAAAAGCGUUGAAAGGCCCAAACAAAUCCGGUUGAACAGACGAGAAUGGAGAUAUACCUACCGUCUCAGAGCAUAAGAUGUAUAAGCGUAUCCAAAAUGCCGUGCUUCGUGCGCAGGCAAUGGAACGCACGCGAGACCGUUUGAUGUUCAAGUUGUAGAACAACGUCAAGUCAUACUUUUUGUUCCUCAACGUACCAAGACCCUGCUCAAAUAGCUGGAGCACAAUUGAAGACAACACAUUUUGUUCAACCUGUGUUGGAAAAUUUGACGAAAGUGGAAGUUUUCGUUCCCGCAAAAGUCACUGCAACGUAGGGCUUUUAUAGGCGAGAAACUCCGAUGGGAAGCGCAAAGGCCAUUCCCAUCGACCCAAGCAGACGAGAAUGUUCUGUGGGGCUUGGCGGCUGGUGAAGUCGCUUAAACAGAAAUCGGGGCAUCCGAUUUGAGGUUCCAAGGAUAUCAGGCAUAAUCUGUAGGCAUACUGCAACAUUCAUGUAUGCCUGCCAGAGAUUGUAUGAAAGACGGUGAUUUUGAAUAUCCCGAGUCUUCGCCCGGGCGGUACCGCAUAUUCCAUCACGGUUGCCCUGCGACUCAGAGGUCUAAGCGCUUACGACAGCAGAGGGGAGGGCACUUUGGCAGCCCCUGACGUCAACUCAAACACAGGCACGGACGGAAUGGGUCAGAUAUCACGAAGUGGCAGUCACCUGGACAUCAUGAUUGAUACUGCAAGGACACUAUGUGACUAUGCGAGGGGAAAAAAAAACAAAAAAAAAAAAACGGAGCUUUCUUUUUCCAGCAUCUCGCGAGCGAUAUGUCCUGUUUGGAAAU